UUUAAUUUUUUUUUUUUUAUUAUUUAUCAUUCGUUUUUUUUUUUUUUUUAAUAUUAUAGUUAUUAAAAAAAGAAAAAAAAAUUACAGACAGACCUUUGGAACACAUGUACACCUGCUAGCAUAUAAAAUUUAUAAGAAAAAUUACAAAUGAUCAGAGUCCAACAUGUAAAAUCCACAUGAUCGUCAGAGAGAAAUUUUUUUUUUCAAAAUAUUAUUGUUUAAUAAUAAGUAAUUAUUGUGAAAAAAAAAAUAUUAUUUACAAUGUCAUGAUUGUGAUGAAAACAUGGACUUCCAUAGAAGAUCAAAGUUACCCGGAUACAUCUCGAUUAAAAAUAUCUGUAGAAAAAAAAAAAAAAAUGAAUAAAAAAAACGAAAAAAAAUCAGUUGAGUAUGACUCGUCGUUUGACAUCCGGAAAAUCAAAGUUUCAAAUUUAUCUCUCCAGGAUACAAAAAGACAAAAAAAAAAAAAAAAAAUGUCUAAUUAGUGGAUAUUAAGUAUUGACUUGAUUAUUAUUAAAAACAAAUUAACACAAGUAAUUUUUUUUAAUAGAGAGAUAAAACUAAUUUAAUUUUAAUGAAUAAUUAUUACAGAUUUAAAUAGAUUGAAUUGUAUUGACAUGAUUAUGAUGACAGAGUAAGAGAAAAGGUUGUAGAACUCGUUGCACAUCAAAGGUCAUUAUGAAAUGAAAAAGAAGAGAAGGGAGAGACGAUGAUGCAGAUCAAAGAAGGAGACAAUUUAACUGUCAUCUUAGGGAAUAAAAAAAAAUUAAAAGAAGAAAAAGGAGUUGUAGUGGAGGUAAAACAGUAUAAUAAAAUGAAAAAAAAAUAUAUAUAUUUAUGCUGUGGUAGGAGAAUUAAAAACAAGUAAUAUAUGGAUAUACACGAGUGUAAUUCGUGAGAAGUUGGUCAGUCAGUGUUGUUUCAAUCAACCGUUAAAAAACAUAAAUAUUGUCCUUCAAUAAAAAUAGUGUCAUUAAAUUGCUGAAUAAAACUUGAAUCAUGGAGACCUUGAUGCAUGAGGCAUCAAAUCAACAAUUAUCAAUUUCAUCAUUAGUAAAUAAAUCAUGUGAAUUAACUCAAUCAAUACAAAAAAAUAAAAUAAUAAAUAUUGGAAGUAAAAAAAAAGAUAAUGAAGUUACUGAAAUUGUUUUUGAAAAUUUACAUUAUACUGUAUCAGCUGGUUUUAAUAAAGGAAAAAAAGAAAUAUUACAUGGUAUAAAUGGAAGAUUAAUACCAAGUCAAUUAGUUGCAAUAAUGGGACCAUCUGGUGCUGGUAAAUCAACGCUAUUAGAUAUAUUAUCUGGUUAUAGACUAACUGAUGUUAAAGGAUCAUUUUAUAUUAAUGGUAAACCAAGAGAUUUAAAUGUAUUUAGAAGAACAAGUGCUUAUAUUACACAAGAUGAUCGUCUUCAGCCACUUUUAACAGUUAUGGAAAAUAUGGAAAUUGCUGCUGAUUUAAAACUUGGUACUGAUGUAUCAUGGAAUGAAAAACAUAAAAUUAUAACAGAUAUAUUAAUGACCCUUGGUCUUGAUGAACAUAUUAAAACACGAACAAGUAGAUUAAGUGGUGGACAACAAAAAAGAUUAUCUAUUGCUUUGGAACUUGUUAAUAAUCCAACUGUUAUGUUUCUUGAUGAACCAACAACUGGUUUAGAUAGUUCAACAUGUACACAAGUUGUUAGUUUAUUAAAAGUUUUAGCUAAACAAGGAAAAACAAUAAUAUGUACAAUUCAUCAACCAAGUGCAUCAUUAUUUCAACAAUUUGAUCAAGUAUAUAUAUUAUCAAAAGGAUAUUGUCUUUAUCAAGGUGCAACAGAUGAACUUGUUAAAUUUCUUGAUAGUAUUAAAUUACCAUGUCCAAUGUAUCAUAAUCCAGCUGAUUAUAUUAUUGAAUUAGCAUGUGGUGAAUAUGGUGAUGAUAAAAUUGAUGUACUUAUUCAAUCAACAAAUAAUGGAAAAAAUCUUAGCUAUUUUAAAAAUAGUCAUGAAUUAAUUGAUGAUAUUAAUUCUGGUAAAAGAUAUUUAGAAAUAACAAAUAAUGAUAGUAAUAAUACCACUUUAAAUAAAAAUAAAUCAUUACAAGCAACAUCACCAAUUCAUCAAUUAAAAGUACUACUUUAUCGUGGAUAUAUAAAAUGUAAAAGAGAUUCAGCUCAUACUCAUUUACGUCUUGGUGUAAAUGUGUUAACUGGAAUAAUGCUUGGUUCAUUAUUUAUAAAUGCUGGAAAUGAUGGAAAAAGAGUACGUGAAAAUUAUAAUUUAUUAUUUGGUAUAUUAAUGCAUCACAUGAUGACAUCAAUGAUGCUGACAAUUUUAACAUUUCCAACUGAAAUGAGUAUAUUAACAAAAGAACAUUUUAACAGAUGGUAUAGUUUAAAAAUGUUUUAUACAUCAGUAACAUUAAUUGACAUACCAGUAUCAAUUGUAUCAUGUUUUCUAUUUACAAUUAUAAUAUACUUUAUGUCAGGUCAACCAGCAGAUUUAACUAGAUUUACAAUGUUUUUUGUAAUUAGUUUACUUAUUGUUUUUGUUGCACAAGGUAUUGGUCUAUUAAUUGGAUCAGUUUUUAAUGUCAUAAAUGGAACAUUUGUUGGACCAACAAUAUCAGUACCAAUGAUGAUGUUUGCUGGUUUUGGUGUAACAUUAAAAGACAUGCCACAUUAUUUAAAAUGGGGAACAUAUGUUAGUUAUUUACGUUAUGGUCUUGAAGGAUAUAUUCAUGCAAUUUAUGGUUUAAAUCGUCCAAAUCUUAAUUGUGAAGAUAGUGAUGAUGGUGGUUAUUGUCGUUAUAAAACACCACAAACAUUUUUAGAUGAAAUAACAAUGACUGCUGAUCAAUUUUGGAAUGAUAUUAUUGGUUUAAUUGUUAUUUUAAUUAUUGUCAGAGUUGCUGCUUAUUAUUUUCUUAGAUGGAAACUCAUGGCAUCACGAUAAUUUAUCAUUUUUAUUAAAUUAUUAUCUCUAAAUUAUAUAAUUAUUAAUUAAAAAUUAAAUUGUGUUUUAUAAUUAUUUUUUUUUUAUUUAUUUUUGUAGUCAAGCUCGGGAAAAUAUAAAAUAAUUUAAAUAAAAUAGUCAUAGAAAUAAUAUAAUAAAAAAUAGAAUUUUUUUUAAAUUACAUAAAUUAAAAAAUUAAUAGUUACAAUAAUUUUGUAAAUAAAAAUAUCUGUUUUUUUAAUUGAAUUGAUAUUAAUAUUAUCAUUCAAUUAAUUUUUAUCUCAGUAUAUUUUUCAUAUUUGAAUAAUUAAAUAUUACUUAACGAAUAAUUAGCUCAAAUCAUUUCGACAAUAAAAAUUACAGAUGACCUUGAUAGAUAAAAAAUUCAUUAAUAAUAAAUUAGUUUUUUAUUGCUGUUUUUAUUGAUAAUUAUUAUAAUAAUAAAAAAGUCUUAAAAUAUAAUAUAUCCUUUUAAAAAAAAAUAUAAUACCAAUAUAAAAAAUAGAUAAGUUAUUUCUAUGAU